AUGAGGCAGCUCUUUCGUAUAUCAGUUCUUUUUGUGCUGGGUCAAUUACUCUACAAAGCAGUAACUCAGCAAUGCGGAUCCCAGGUAUCCGUCUUCGGCUGGAUGUUAAAGGGACACAUCUACAACACGAUGUCGGCAAAACUCCCACAUACAUGCGUACAAGUUUGUCGCGAAGACGAUCGAUGCCAAAGCUUUAACUGGGUGAUCUCUUUUCUCAAGUGCGAGUUUAGUAAUAGAACCAAGGAAGCCAGACCUGAGGAUUUCAUUCCCGACCCAGAUAGAUUUUACUACAAACGUGAUAGGAACAGAGGUAAAAACUGUUUACAAUUCUUAAUUAAUUGUUAAAUAAAUAUAAUUUUCCACCCCACCCCGCAUGGUCCGUUCCGAGUUACAUGGUCAUGAAGCAACGAUUGAGCGUCCUUUUAAUGCUGAUAUCAAGGCAACAGAUAAGGAGGAUUUUUUAUCCGUCAGGCUGUUACUGAGUUUCCUACCCUGAAGUAUGUAGCAAACGGACUGUCUAAACCGACUGUAAAUCAAAUAAAAGAUAUAAUGAAUUGACUUCUUUCAGUGCCUCUGGGUUCCAUUCCCGAACUGCCGGCUGAAACCUGUUUAGAAAUAAAGAUGAGUGAAGGUCAUUCCAUCAGUGAAAACUAUUGGUUUUCUGCCGUUAAACCUGGCACAUCUGUUCUCGCUCACUGUAAUAUGGAGACUGAAGGUGAGUUCACUUUAAAUUUAUAAGUGAUAACAUCCGUAUCACUCGGUUAUGGACAAACAAAGUUGAGGAAGAGAAGAGAAUGCUUUGGAGGUGAGGAAUGAGUUAGCGUAUAACUGAAUGAUCCAGGGGACUAACCUUAAAAGGAUUAAGGCUCUUUCAAGUAUAUAUUGUCCAUUUUGCAUCCUUUGUAUUAAUUUACACAUGCAAAUGUGAAAUAGACAGAAAAAUAGGCUGCUUGCUCCAGGGGUACUCCUGAACGUCUAACUUCUACUUUUAUCAUUCAGAUAUUGACGAAUGCACUUCAUCUGUUCGUCUCUGUGACGUCAAUGCGACUUGCACCAACAAUGAUGGAUCUUACAUCUGUACUUGCAAGAAUGGAUUCUCCGGU